UUGUCACGCACAACAGCAUCCACGUCCUCAAAGAAUUUGCUUACCAGCAUACGAGUGGAACCGAUCACGGAUGGUCUGGCUACGGAAAAAUCGGAAUUCCAGAGAAACGACAAUGCAACCAAAUUGGUCGAACAUGAGCAGACAAUUCUCUAUUCACCAAUUCAAGUAACUGCAAGCUCACUCUCGUCAUCAAGCAGUUCUAUUCACCGGCCAAAACUAGGGCAAUCUCCACCACAAAUAAGGGCCUAUGUCGAAGAAGCUGAUCAAUACUGGUUUGAGCGGCAGCACGUAGACUGCCUGAAAGAGAACGUUGCCCGGCGGAAAGUGACACCCAGGCCACCUUGGAAACCGCCCGCACUGAAGGCUUCUUUUCUAUCGUACCAAACAACUCAGAGCCACCUUACCAAUCCGCAAAAGCCGAUAGCUAGAAAAGCGCAAGCUUAUCUAGAUAGGACUCCAAGAAGGUCUGGUUUUAAUGGAAGACGGAUUGCUUCAUCUUCAUCUUUGGCUGUUUUGCAUGAUACAAAGCUGCAAAAUGGAGAGGCCCAUUUACGGCGUUGUUCCGCAGCUCGACAGGUACAGGCCAGGGCGUUGCUGGAACAAGAACUACAGCUUGCUCAGUCUUACAAGCACCGUCCACAACGUAACACACCAAGUAGAACUCAAAAUACUGUUGGCCAAUCUGAUCCGAACUUCAUACAGUUUUUGACCACCGAUGCCUCAGAAGCGUGGCUGGUUGUGGAUGGCGUCAGCGUGUCAGUAACGAGGCGAUUAGAAAACGGGUAUUUGGUUGUUCUGCAGGCACCUCAAUCCGGGAAAACAUCCAGCAUCGGUCAUGUGCUACGCAUGCCAAAACACCGUCUACCGAGACGAGUGUUGUUCUCCGUGCCUCCUUCAGGAUGGCGCAAACCGCUAGGUGGGCAGCACAUGACUUGGCAGAAAAACGUCGAAGAGAUCAUGAAGAGUUUGGGUGUUGUUGGUGUUGUACGCCUUCCAGUUAAAGUACAACAGGAAUCCAACUGGAACCCAACUUCUGCAGUGAACACCUGUAAAAUAUGGUCUCCUGAGAUCCACUAUCCCACUCCACCCGUGAAGAUCAGUUCUCACGAGGAAAUCUACCCACUGCGUUACGUGUUCUAUGUAGAAGACAAACCAAAUUGUGUCAGAGCGUUUGCUAACGGGAAGAAAGUGUCUAUGAUUGCACGUGACACCCACUGUCGUGUUUAUUUCCACGCUCAGUACAGAAGAUUUGUGCCGUUUGGUCAAAGUCCGAAUUCAGCUGAGCAGAACAGCGUAGCUGAACCCACGCUCUACUAUCAAGGCAAGCGUGUUCGACCCGUUACAGUGGCCGCACGCAAUAUCACCGAGUUGCGACGGUUCCUUGAAAUAUUGGAUGUUCAUUAUCCGGAAUUCGGCGCAAGCGCCUUCCUCGCAGAUCAGCUGAUACUGGCCGACUCAGCUCACGACAAAACCAAGCACGUUUAGCAUACGAGAUAAACAUGUCUGUUGUUGGCAUGCAAAAGUCCAACUUCCCCUCGUAUACACAUCACCUGCUCUUUAUAGGAAAAAUUAAGGAAGUAAAAG